CCCGCCCUGCCCCAGCCUGGCCCCUGCCCUCCCCCGUGCCGCUCCGGGAGCCCCGGGGCGGUGCGUCCCCAGCCCUGCCCCUCGCUGCCCUCCGUCCCUCCCGCCGCGGGCCGGGGCAGCGGGCGGCUCGGCGGCCGCGGGGAUGUCGAGCGCCGCGCGGGGCGAGGGCAGCCAGCAGAGUCACGAAGAAGAUGACAGGAAGGUGAGGAGGAGAGAGAAGAACCGAGUUGCCGCACAGAGGAGCAGGAAGAAGCAAACUCAGAAAGCAGAUAAACUUCACGAGGAAUAUGAGUCUCUCGAGCAAGAAAAUACCUCUCUGAAAAGAGAAAUUGGAAAGCUAACAGAUGAAAUGAAACACUUGAGUGAAGUGUUGAAGGAUCAUGAAAAGAUCUGUCCACUAUUGCACUGCACCAUGAACUUUGUGGCUGUACCAAGGCCCGAUGCACUUGCCAGCUGCCUACCGAGAUGAGAGCAGUCCUCAAUCACCUUUAAAUGUGAUGUGUGAAAGUGCUAUUAAUGGGAGAUCAGAAGAACUGCCUGCUUAUGGUGCAGGUCUUCCACUGAAAAGGGCUGGACUUCAUCACACAGCUCUUCUCCACAAUGAAGCGCUACAGCCUUCUGAAUCUCAGGAAAACAUCAGUAUGAAAAAAAGACAACUCAAACUGUGACUUCUUAUUUGGUAGAACCUUCGAUCCAUGAUUUUGCAUUCAGAAUUGUCAAAGUGCAAGGCCCACCACUGCGUGACAGAACGUAGAUGGGGAGAAGUGCCACCCCUGAGCUGGGAUGCCUUUCUCCCGUAUGUCCACUGCCAGUAACCAUUUGUCACUUGUCAUCCAUGUAUAUCCUGUUAUGGCUGCUGUUUUUUUUCCUCCAAACAGGUUUGGUUAAUAAAAGCAAUGUCCCAUCUUUAUGAUAUUCUCCACCUUCUUCAGUAUUCUCCACCUUCUUUAGUAAUCAAUGCCUUCAUAACGUCUCUGCUUUUUCUUUACUGGUCAAAUCCAAAGUCUAAUGCUAAUCUUCCCGUCAGUUGUUUUAGUAUUUGCUUAUCAUCUCUUCAUUGAUUCCCCUUUUGAAGUGUGUGUAACAAACAAGUUUUCCUAGUCUUUAUUUCCUUAAUAUCCCUAGCUGUCAGCCCUGCUGACAUUAGUUCUUGGACUGUUUUAUAUCCUGAAAUACAUCCUGGCUAAUUUCUAAUGAGGAUUGUCUGCUCGGUGUGGAAGAAAAGCAAAACUGAGUUUGCUCAUUCUACACAUUGUUUUAAAGAGCAUAUUUUAAAAUUUACUGGUUUAUUGCACCCACUGGAAAUGAACAAAUAUCUUUCUCCUUCAUCUUGGAUAUUUUUUCUUGUAAAUGUCGUCCAUGGACAGAACAAAUUGAGUUCAGCUAAGAAUGUUGUUCUAUGUCUACACGGAAGAUGUUUGAUAACUGUUUGCAAGAAGAACAGUCUCCAAACCAUGUUUUCAAAAAGGAAGAAUUAUGACAAUGUUAGUGAGAAAUACACAGAAAAAUGUUUUUACUUUCUCUGAAGAUUCUUAGUGUCAGGAUCUAGAAAUAUACAUUCUAUAGCCUGGGAUCCAGCAAAGAGUUUUUCUGACAGUAUUUCCCAGUCAAAGAGCACUUCUGGGUAAUAAAACCUCCACCCCUUUGCCAACUCUCUCACUUCAGCAUUUGGAUUUUUUUUUCAGUUCAACUCAUGGGAUUGAUUUCUUCCUUCACCAGGAUCAUAGUUUUUAUAAGCAGAAUAUGAUCUGAAAUGUCUGGAAGAGGUUUUUCUUUUUUUAACUUAUUUAGUAGAUCAAUGCACUGCUGAUAGCUGCUGAGAUAGAAUUGGAGAAACCUUGUGGUCAACUCAGCCUUCUAAAGGGCCCUCUCGUGCUAUUGUCUUAGGCGGGAAACUCAAUGUAACAGGCAUAAGCUGUUGGUUUCUUUAAAAGUUUUCACUAGGUUGUCCCCAAGAGAAUUUUUUUGUGAAGCUAUCUGCACUCUGAAUGCAGUCUUCAAAGUUUCUUAAGGUCCUGUAAGAACUGAGUCAUCUUGCAAAGCAAUUCUGGUGCAGUCCCUGCCAAGGAAAUUGAAAGUUUCAGGACACUUGAAAAUAUGCAUUUUAGAUACUGUCCUUGAUAUUAUCUAUGUGUCACCCUCGAGAAAAGAAGCUAUUUUAAGCAUCUUGAUCCAGCCAACUGCAUUCCUUUAGUCCCUGGAUGCCACUGUGUAAUCUGGGCAGAUUAGAGAUGUAAUAGAAGGAGGAGCAUGGUGGAAGUGAACAAUAUUCACCCUGGGAAAACUCAGUAUAGCUUAGGAUAGAGGGAAAGAGGAUGUCUCACAUCUCUUAACUAGGUAUGUGCAGCUGGGCUGGGAAUGGAAAGUAGCUAGUUGAGGUCAGGGCUGGUACAAAAGCAUGGUCUCUCCUAUGGAGGCCUGCACACCCUCAAAGAUGGGAUGAAAGAUCAAUAGCAGUCCAUCUCAGCAGAAUCUUCCUAAGGAUUUUGUCCCACACAUGCUUUCUUCUAAAAGAAGAGAUCUAGUUCCCUGUGUAGAAUCCUCCUUACAGGGUUAUUCUUCUAAACGUCUACCUAGAUAUGGAUUCCAGUUUAUCAUUCAGUAAUCUGAGAUGUAUUGUACACUCUUCAUCCAUAAGCAUUAUUCUUGUUCUGCAAAGCUUUAGUUUCUGUGUUGGAGUUUAUUGUAUUAUUUACUGUAUAAUGUCUGUGCAGAUUGUAAAAGAGAAGAUAGAUGAAUUCACACCAAUGUUACGUGCUUGUAAAAGCAACCUAGGUUCAAGAUUGUGCUUCUAUUCCUUGGAAGGGCUGGGAGCCCCGCAGGGACCUCGCUACCACCAGUUCCUUCCCACAACCACAGAGUGUAGCUCCAGCGUGUGCAUCAUGUCCUCUAGUAAAGACUUGGAACCCUCCGGGGCCUGCGCUGCUUUUUCCUUCUGCAGCUAUUGCAUCAUUUUUUUUCCCAGCACUAUUUCCAAAGAGCCUUAUGUGUCAUUCUUCUGUUUAAUAGAUUAACCAAGACAUCUCUCACAAGCAGUAUAAUGUGUGACUAAUGUUCAAAGGGAACCCCAAGCAAAAGAAAUGAGCCAAAUGAGUGUCCCGAGCCAAAUAAACCCAACAUUCUGAUGUAUUUAUAGAAUUAAUGUAGCUGAAUCAUGGGUAGAAAGGGGCAACAAACUGUUAAAGCACAGGCUUAUAUAUCCCUAAGCAAAUGAUACACAUACAGGCUGAUCACACUCUUUGCAGGAACUGUUCGUAGGGAUAUUGAUUUACAGAGAGUUUCAAAACUGAAAGUAUGUUCUGGAGCUUGGGAUAAUUGUUACAUGAAUAGGGAACCAGAAAGGAGAACAGAAAGGAAAAGGCCCAUUUGUUAAGGAAGCAACAGAAAGUUCUUUUUGAAAUCCAAACCUCUGCUUUUGCAGCAGGGUAUUGCACUGUCAAAAAAUUGUUUGUUCCACUUGAUGUAUUCUACCUUCAGAAAGCUUCCAAUUAGUUUGACUUCUUCCCUGCAGAUGUGGUCUGUUUUACAUUCACAGGAUUGUCAGACGCAGGUAUUUAGGGAAGAUCUUUUUUUAUGUUCAGAUGGUGGCUUAUGUGGGGACUGCUGUGAAUUGCAGUCUUAUUUGUGGAUGUGUAAUGUAGAUGAGGGUUGCCAAGAAAGCUGGAUUUUGCCUUUUAGGUUCACAAUGAAGGUUACAGUCUAGAUUUGGGGUUUGUAUUUUCUGAUACUGUAAUGAAGAAACAAAAAGCUCAGUGCAAACUUAUUCACAGAUAAAAGUAUUAAUUCCGGGAGCAGACGGGGUCCAAUUCAGCUAUUUGUCUAUUCAUUUAUUUCAGGUUUUUUUUGGUCAGAUCUAAAUUGAUCAGAUUUUGAAAAGAUAAUUUUAGCCUUCAAAGGUAAAAAAAAAAUCAACAGAAAGACAAAUUAAAGCUUCCCAAAACUGCUAGUGUGAGUACAACAGAGAUCAACUAAUAUGCCUCAAUAGAGAGGAUCAGAAAGUCGUGCUCCUUCCCACUGAUAUUUUGCAUUCACAUUUGUGAACAUUUGUGUCUUCAUGUACUCACCCAGAAUUUUGCUAAAGACACCUUUUCGAAAACAUAUUUAAAACAGCCUAUUGUACAGACCUUCUGUUCUUUUCCCUGGAACCUUUCUCUGCUGAUCUCACCUGCGUUUGGUAUUUGCAGUAGACUUUAUGUUCUCUCUUAAUUUUAUUUCAAAUGUCGCUUUUUUUCCUUCUUCCUGUUUCCUUCUGUUCCUAUGGAGCUUGGUGACAACAUCACUUAAUGUUAUCAGUAUCAGAAGAACAAGGCUUGUCUCUAAGAACAUACAGAAAUUGAACUCCACUGGUACACCCUAUAUAUGAUUAAAGGCUUUAAGGUGUGGUCAUUUUGAUCA